AUGUUUCAACUCUUGGUUGGCAUGGAUCUGCUGUGUUUUCUUCUGCUGACUGCUGUAAUAGUGCUGUGUGUGUGUUUCACCACCGAGAGAAACCAGUUACUAACUCACAUCAGUAACCUGACUGAAGAAAGAGAGCAGAUCCUUACCAAAUAUGAGCAGAUACUGAACCACAACAAUAACCUGACUAAAGAAAGACAGCAGUUAGAGAAUUACAAGUUGCUACUGCAUCGUUGGCUUUAUGAACAAGAUCAGCGUGCUGACAACUUUAAAUGGAUUUACUACAACUUCAGCUUUUAUUAUAUUUCAUCUGAGUGGAAGAGCUGGAGUGACAGCAGACUAGACUGUCAGCAGAGAGGAGCAGAUCUGGUGAUCAUAAACAGCAGAGAGGAACAAAAGAUUGCUGUUUCUAAAUAUUUUUGGAUUGGUCUGAUAAAGACAGGAGGAGUGUGGAAAUGGAUUGAUGGCACCACAAAUGGACAUGGGUAUAUUUAUGGAGGAAUCACACCAGUGAGAGGAAACAUUUGCUGGUAG